AUGCCCUCGGCGCGGAGGCACGCCGCGCCACGCUGCCUGGCUUCGAGGCGCAGGAGAGGCGGAGGAGGCGCGGUUAGCGCAGCUGGACGUGAAGAUGUCGGAGACGUGGGCGGAGCUCCGACUGGAGCUUCGGGGCGAGGUGAUGGAACGGCUCAAGGAAGAGAUGGAGGAGAAGGUGUGGAUAGCCAUGUACGAGGAGUACAGGGACGAGGUGCUCGAAGAUGCGACGAGCUGGAGCUCACGGAGGAGGUGCGGAGCGGGCUGCGGCAGAAGCUGGCGGAGGAUGGACCGGCGUCCGCGGCGGACCCCUGGCGGACUCCCAACGCCGUGGCGCCUUGCCAUGGCGGGCAGAAGGCUGCCCCGCCGAGCCGCUCGACGGCCUCGCUGGGCGCUGGCCGCGCUGCUGGGGCCAAGGACUCGUCCCCCGCUUCCACGACCGGCGGGAGGUGCUUGAAUUGA